AUGGGAUUAGGAAUCAUUGGACAAAUAAAUUCAAAUGAAAUUAAUUGUUAACUAUUUUAGACUAUUUAUACCUACUAUAAGUUUUUUGAAAAUAGAAAUUAGAAAAAUAUAUAAUUUUAAUUCUAUAUAUAAAAUUGGCCAUUUUUAUUCAAUAAAAAUGGAUAACUUUAAGAGAAUACUUAUUAAAAUAUAGAACCAUUAAUUCCAACAGAUAGUUUAUAAACUAUUCCUGAAAUAAAUAAUUCUGUAGAAGUUUGUACAAAAGAAUUAGAAGAAGAAUUAAAUUAUUGGACGGAGGAGCUCGACCAGAAUUUAGAACAAGAAACUUAAAAUUAUUUAGAGAUUGAAAAUAAUUUCAAUAAUUUUAUCAAUAGUGUAUCAGAUUAACAAUUAGAAAAUUAGAUAUAUAGAACUAUUUAAUUUACAGGAUUAAUCUUUCCUUGUUAAUUUUAAAUAAACUUAUAAGAAUUUUAACAUAGAUUGCCUGAAUAAAAUAAAAUUUAAUUGGUGAGAAGGAUUAUUAGUUGGCAAUAGAAUUUAUAUAAUAAUAAUUAUGAUUAAAUAUAAAAUUCUUUGAAUUCUAGAAGAGAAACAAUGCAUAUAUUGUAAAAUAGAAUUUAAAUCUAAAAUAUGGAUUAAAUUUUUGAAAACUUUUAAAACCAAAAUAUAAAUAAUAAUAUUUUUAAUGAAAGGGAUAAUGAUUAAUUUAGUAUUUUUGAAACGUUUACUGAAAUGGACCUAUAAAACAAUCAACAUAUUGAAAUCGAAAAUCAAUUACCUUAAUAAUUACAGUUAGAAUAAAAUAUUCAACCAAGUACAAUUUCUUAAUUUUAAAAAAUUUAAAAUAUUGUUAAUUCUGCAUUGAAAAAUCGAAAAUAAACCUUGAAGCAUUUAGGUAAUAUAGAUCGAUAAUUGAUAUAAUAAUUUUUCUUAAAAUUCUUCUAUGUAGAUGAUGAUUUUGGCUCAAAUAAUACUUAUAUAAAUGAAUUUUUAAUAAGUAUAGGAACAAAAGGCAAUUUUAGUAAUUAAAUAACUCAAGAUAUAAUUAAAGUUUUGCAAAUGACUACUUAAAAUUAAAGAUAAGAAAAUGUUGAUUAAGAACCUCUUAUAAUUUCAAAAAAUGGAGUCAUAAGAGAUUUAGAAUAAACCAAAAAUUUUGUUUAAUUAAAAGCCUUAAAGUUAUUUAUUUAAUUACAAUUAACAUCAACUUCAAAUAUAUCAGAUGAGAAUGCUUAAGAAUUGAUAGAGCUUCUCUAUAAAUUAAAAGGCAAAAGUCUUUAGAACCUCCUUCAAUUUUUAGGAAAUUAAGAAGAUAAAUAUAACUUCUAAUUAGCUCCAAAUUAAGUGUUAAAUUUAUAUAAAUUUUUGCUAAGCUAGUAGGAUAUGAAAAAUAGUACUAAUUGCAUGAAUUUGAUAUCAAGACUAGAGCAUAAUAUUACUCACUUUAUGGCUGCGAAUAAAAUAAAAAUUAAUAAAAUUUCUGAAUAUUAUAAUAAUUAAUUUUUGAAUUAAUUAUAAGUUGAAUAAGCAUUUAAAUAGUUAAAUGAAUUAGAAAAAAUAUUUUAGAUGAUUUAAAUUAUAUUCAGAAAAGAUGAAAAUAAUCAUUACUAAUGCUAGGAAUUUUUAAAUUCAGAGGAAGUUUAAAGAUUAUUUAAUGUUUUAGAGAGUUUAAUAUCUUAAAUUUAAAAUUUAAAUGAUUCAAGAUUAUUGCCUCUCCUUAAAGCCUUUUUGAUAUGUUAUUAAACUAAAAGUCAAUUUAAUACUUAAAAUUUACAAUUCUUAAAGAUAUCUUCCAUGGAAAUAUCUACAGAAAUAUUAAUAGAUUUUGAAAAUUUAUUUAAAAGAUUGUGUUUAAAUGGAAAAGAUUACAUCAAUCAUAUAGUAAAAUAACAAAUAAACAUUAUGAACAAUGAGUGUAAAAUGAUGAAAGUAAGAAGGAAUAGAUUAACAGAAAAUAAUCAACUUUUUGAAAAAGAUUUUUUAGAAGGAAUUUUGAAUGUUCAUCCUCAAGCAAUUAAUUUUUAAAAUAAGAAAAAUUAUUUCUAUUCUAAAUUAGAAAUAAAUAGAUUAAGUUAAUAAUAGCUUUAAAGAUACCCAAUUAAAGUAUCAAAAUCCUAAAUAUUUGAAGAUUCAUACAAUGAGAUAACAAAAAUAAGUUCUCUUGAUAUUUUCAGAUUUAAAAGAUUUUUCAUUCUUUAUGAUGGAGAAAUUGGAUAAGAUGGAGGUGGAAUGACAACAGAUUGGAUUGGCAAACUUUCAAAAUCAAUAUUAGAUUAAUAAUAUUAACUAUUUAUACCUAAUUCAGAUAAUACUUGUUAUUUAAUAAACACUGAAUCUACUGAUCCUGAUCAUCUUAGAAAGUUUAAAUUUGUUGGAAUGUUUAUGGCUAUUGCAAUUAUCUGCAAAGUUAAUAUAAAAGGUUAUUUUCCAAAUUCUUAUUUUAAACACAUUGUGGGCUAAAAAUUAUCUAGAUCUGAUAUCCAAUAACAUGAUGAAGGAAUUUAUAAUUCUUUGAAUACUAUCUAUAAUUAGAAGAUUGAUUCUAGUUGGAAUUUAUAUUGGUUAUAUAAUAUUAAGAGAAACGGAGUAUUUAUAGAUGAAGAACUUAAACCAGGAGGUUCAGAUAUUGAAGUUACAGAAGAAGAUAAAAAAGAUUUUGUUAGAAAGUAUUGUUAUUAAAUUAUGGCAAAAAAUAUUGAAAAUUAAAUUAAAGCUAUUUAAGAAGGGUUUUAUUCAAUUAUACCAAAAAAUGAUAUUAAAAUUUUUGAUUCAAUUCAAUUAGAAUAAUUGUUAUGUGGUGAAUAAUAUAUAGAUGGUAUUAUAUUAAUAUAAUUUCCUUAGUUGAGGAUCUUAUAAGUAACCUAAUUUAUCAAGGUUGUAAUGCCUAAAAUUAAGUAAUUAAAUGGCUUUAAAACACAUUGAGGAACUUUAAUUAAGAUAUGUUAGUAAAGUUUUUAAAAUUAGCAACAAGUAAAAAUUAAAUUAAUUUAAGGUCGAACCAACUUACCUAUUGGAGGAUUUUCAAAUAAAGAGUGUAGAAUCACAAUAGUAUUACUUAAUAAUCUAUAAAAUGAUAUUGAUUCAAGAUACCCUGAAGGGCAUACAUGGUAUAACUAAAAUUUUAUAAAUAGUGCUCGUUCAAUUGGACUACCUCCCUAUUCAAAUGAACAAACUUUAUAACAAAAAUUAGAAGAAGCUUUAAUAAGUUAAGGAGACAGAUUUGAUCUAAUUUGA